GUAAAAUCAAAUAUACAGAGAGGGUUUAUGAUGCUUGCAUGGAAGCAUUUGAUUGUCUGCCCCUGUCAGCGUUGAUGAACCAGCAGUUUCUCUGUGUCCACGGAGGACUGUCACCUGAAAUUCACACUUUAGACGAUAUCAGAAAAUUGGACAGAUUCAAGGAACCACCAGCGUUUGGCCCAAUGUGUGAUUUGUUAUGGUCUGACCCCUUGGAGGACUUUGGUAACGAGAAAACGUCGGAACAUUUUACGCACAACACUGUGAGAGGUUGCUCAUAUUUCUACAGCUAUGCAGCAUGUUGUGACUUCUUGCAACAGAACAAUUUGUUGUCUAUAAUCCGGGCACAUGAGGCACAGGAUGCAGGGUAUAGAAUGUACAGGAAGAGUCAGACUACAGGUUUUCCAUCAUUGAUUACAAUUUUCUCAGCACCAAACUAUCUCGAUGUCUACAACAACAAAGCUGCUAUACUCAAGUAUGAAAACAAUGUGAUGAACAUCAGGCAAUUCAACUGCUCACCUCAUCCUUACUGGCUGCCAAAUUUUAUGGAUGUUUUUACCUGGUCACUUCCUUUUGUUGGAGAGAAAGUGACAGAGAUGCUGGUGAAUAUACUCAACAUUUGUUCUGAUGACGAGCUGGUCUCUGAAGGUGAUGCAGACUCCAUGGAAGUUGCUGCCAGAAAGGAAGUUAUUCGCAACAAAAUCCGAGCAAUUGGCAAGAUGGCCAGAGUUUUCACUGUCUUGAGAGAAGAGAGUGAAAGUGUUCUGCAGUUGAAAGGCCUGACACCCAAUGGUUUGCUGCCCCUGGGUGCUCUCUCUGGAGGAAAAGACACACUCAGCAGUGCAUUGAGUGGGUUUUCACCUAACCACAAAAUCAGCGGCUUCGAGGAAGCCAAAUGCCUGGACAAGUUGAACGAGAGGAUGCCACCAAGGAAAGAUGUUUUGAAUUCAAGCAAUAAGGAACACACCAAGUCUUAA